UUUGAUUUCAAUUUUUGAUUUCAAUUUUUGAGUGAAGCUUAGCAUAUUAAUGCCACUCCUGGCAUAAAUACACACCUAUGCAUAAAUGCUGACUUGAAGACUACCUACAUGUAGAUGUACAUGUAUUGUGAUACAGUCGAUUCAGCCAUACACGAUUUACAGUUAAUUAAGUAUGGCACCAUUGUGGAGCAAGUUACUCUUACUGUCAUUUCUGCAAUGUGUGAUCUCUGAUGAUGUCAGCAGGGAAUCAGAGUUCAUUUGGGAUGUUAAUGGAUAUGUGAUCUUCUGCCCUUGCAUGGGAAGGUUUGGUAACCAGGCUGAUCACUACCUUGGAGGUCUAGCAUUUGCCAAGUCCCUCAACAGAACACUCAUUCUACCUCCUUGGAGGACAUAUAAAAAUGUUCCAUUUGAUGAAUGGUUCAAAGUUGAACAAAUAAGAAAGUACCACCGUGUGAUCUUAGCAGAUGACUUCAUGAAGUAUCUCGCUCCCAAGUAUUGGCCUGUUGGAAAGAGGAUUGGAUGGUGCUGGUUGCCUAGUAACACAAAAGAAACAUGUAAAAUGAAAGAAGGCAACCCAUUUGGCCCAUUCUGGGAUGGGCUAGGUGUUGACUUUGAUGAGUAUAUGAUCUACCAGAUCAGUUUCCAUGACACAGAGCUCUGGAGGUGGGGAAAAUUGUAUCCCCCAGCAGAUCACCCAGUGAUGGCAUUUAAAGGGGCUCCAGCCAGGUUCCCCAUACAGGAGCACCAUGUGCAUUUACAGCAAUACCUCGAAUGGUCAGAUGCAAUAGAAGGGGAGGCACAGCAGUAUGUGGAUGACACAUUCCAUGGGGAACCUUACGUUGGGAUACACCUUAGGAAUGGAGGGGAUUGGGUGAAUGCAUGUGCACAUGUAGAGGGAGGGACUAAAUACAUGGCAUCUCCACAAUGUAUGGGUUAUCAAAAUACAGAACCACUCACCAAAGAAAUAUGCUAUCCAUCAGAGGAAACCAUACUUAGGCAAGUGAAAAAUGCCGUGCUGAAGACUAAUGCUAAACACAUUUUUGUUGCCACAGACAAGAACCCAAUGAUCAAAGAAUUAGAACAACAUUUAAAAGAACAAAAGGUUAAGGUUCACCAUUUAGACCCCUGGUUACCACUGAUAGACUUAGCCAUUUUAGGAAAAUCCGAUCACUUUAUUGGAAACUGUGUAUCGUCUUUUACUGCCUUUGUGAAGCGCCAUCGUGACGUACAUGAUCUCCCAUCUUCAUUUUGGUCCCGUAGUUGAUAAAACAGCUGAAUGGGUGCAAUUAAAUCACCAAGUCGCUCAAUUCCAAUUUGACAGUGCUCAAUAUGUGUUCAUUUCAGAGAUAUGACAUCCAAGUAGAAUAACCAGUUAAAGUAAAUGAAUGCUUAUGCAUGAAAUCUUGAUGUUAAAAUGCAUAGUUUGGAUGUACGAGAUGUGCCAUAAUAUUAUGAAAUUCAUUUAUUUUUGUAUUAACCACAUUGAUACAAGUUUUCAUAUUGGCUAUGCAUGAUAUAUGUAUGUAUGAUAUUUUCAAUUUAACAUACUAAUAUGACAUAAUUUGAUAACAUAUUCAUAAUUAUUAUGAGUUCAAGUCCAAAUGGGUCCAAUGUCUUUGACAUCCCUUAGCAAAUUGAUUGUAUGUUAUUAUUGUAACAAAUCAUUUUGAUUCUUGAGUAUUAAGUCUCAUUUUGAAUACAUAUAUAAAUGUACUCUACUCCUAUACAUGUAGCUGUAGUUACAAAAUAAUUCAUGUAGACGAUCUUGCAUAUAGGUUUUAGUGGUAGAAUCUCAAAUGUGUAAUAUUUGUAAGUUGAGUUUAUGUUACAGUCUAACUGCACAAUGCACAACUGUUGAGUCUAAGAGGUCUAAUUAUGCACAAUGCACAACUGCCAGAAACAGCAAUACAUACCCUGGAUUUUAACUUAAAUUUUUUAUUGUUUCAAAUCCAAAUACAAUUAUAUACUGCAAUUUUACAUUUUACAUUCACCAUGCCACUGGCAUGUACAAAACAUAAUAAUGGAUUUUAGAAUCUGAUUAGUUUUGACUAAUGACUUGGUUUAUGUCUUGUUUGUUGAUAUUGAUCAUUAUUGCAUUUAUCAGUACAUGUAAGUACAUUGUAAUAUACCAAUUGCACCAAUAUAAAUACUUUCCAUUUCAAUCAAUAAUACAAAGAUUUUGUAUACCUUGCUUCACAUAUUUUGGGCUUUAAUGAUCAUUUGUGCAAUUGGAUAUCAUUGUAUUCAUGUACUUGCAACACUCUCCUCCAUAAGUUUUCCAACAUGAAGUCCCCUUUUGAAUCAUGUAAUAAUAAAAUCCUGUUCAUAUUUAGCAAAGACAUAAGUUUGUUGUAAUUAAGGAACAAAGUUAAGAUUCAAAAAUGGACAGGCUUUGAUAGUCUAUCAAGUGCAAACUUGAAAUGAAAACUACUUGGCAAAGUUAUGGAUAGGGUGUACGUUUGACAGAAUUAAUCACUGAAUCUCACACUGCUUUCUUUAACAAUUAAACGGUUAGGGGGGGGCAAAAAUUAGCGGAAAAAUUGUGACCCUAACAUCCCUUAGGAGUAAAGUCAUAGCUCGCCAUGUUACUGAAUUACCCAAAUUGUUAGUAGAUUUGACUUGAAUCGAUGAACCUUUAUUUUAGAAUGUGAAAUAGGGGAUGGGGGGGGGGGCAGAUCUGCUCUCUCCCUAACCGCUGGUGUGAUGCUCAAU